UUCUUGGCUUAAGUGCGAUCGAAGUCAGUGAUCAGUAGUGAUUUGUAAGCGUACAAGGCAACUCUAAAACGCAAUAUUAAGUGCAUAAAUAUUUAUUUUAAGAGCCGAGCAGAUAUCAAGGGUGUUGUUUCUCAAGUGCAAUGAAAUUCUUAAAUAUUUAUCUAAUACUCGUGGCAAGUAUAGCGUUGACUUAUAACACAAUAGUGGAAGCUGCAGCGACCCCAGCCACACCAGUAAUCAGUGAUAUAACCAAAGAUGUAGUGGCCAGUGUGGAGGAAGAUGUAGAGUUCAAUUGUACUAUACAAAAUGUGGGUCGCAUGUCUGUGAGUUGGGCCAAACGCGAUAGUGAAUCGGGUGCCGGUUCAGUGGUCCUCUCCAUGCGCAGCAUACUCAGUUUAAGUGAUCCUCGUUACACGAUUGUUGAAACAAAGGAUGACAAGACGGAUACAGCCACUUAUACAUUUAAGAUAACAAAAUUAGAAGCUGCUGAUAUGGGUUCUUAUGAAUGUCAAGUAAUUCUUACGGCUACCGAUAAGAUUACCAAGAAACUGAACUUGUCCAUCAAACAUCCGGCAAUUAUAUCGGAAGAACACACCCCCAAGUCAAUGGAGGUGACUGAGGGACAAAAUCUUGAAAUCACUUGUCAUGCUGAUGGUUUUCCUGCACCUACCUUCUCCUGGGAGCGUGAAGAUAAAGCAAUAAUGCCUGCUGGAGGACACACUUUAACUGGUCCCACCCUGCGCAUAAAGGAAGCUCAUCGUUUAGAUCGUGGCGGCUACUAUUGCAUUGCUAACAAUGGAGUGGGUCAACCAGAUCGCCGUCUCAUACGUAUUGAGGUGGAAUUUAGACCACAAAUUGCUGUCCAAAGGCCCAAAAUUGCUCAAUCGCUUAGUCAUGCCGCCGAAAUGGAGUGCAUAGUUCAGGCAUAUCCAGCACCCGCGGUAUUUUGGUAUCGCAAUGGCUCUAAACUACAAUCUGAUUCCCGUUUUGAGAUCUCCAAUACGGCAUCUUCGCAUGAGACUACAACUUCCGUGUUGCGUGUUGCCAGCAUCAAUGAAUUGGAUUUCGGUGACUACUAUUGCAAUGCAACCAACAAAUUAGGACAUGCUGAUGCCAGACUUCAUCUCUUCCAGCCUGUCAUACCAGUGCCAUCAACAUUUUAAUUUAAAUUCAUUAUUCAAUGUCUGACUGACUACAAUAAGAACAAUAAAAAAUAAAAUAAUAAUAAUAACAGUAACAGUAACAACAAAAAUAUCAGCAACAACAGCCACGAUAAACAAAAAUUGUUUGACAAGUCGCCGACUUAAAUUCUCUUUGUGUUCGUUCAUAAAACCACAUACAAUCAACAAAGACUGUACACGAAGUAGUUUUCUUUUACAAUCUUAAUAAAUAAAAUAAAUAGUUUUAUUCUAAAUUAAAAACCAUAAGAUAA